AUGGGGGCUCCCUAUCUCCAUCUCGCAGUGCUCGAUCGACGAGGGAGGCCGACUCUGUUGGAGGGACCGUAUCUGGCACCGUUCUUCGAACCCUUGCGCAUCCGGGUCAUCCAGGAGACUCACGAUUCGACGCUCGCCGGCUACCUGCCAACAGAGUCCAAACAACAAUAUUACUGCCCGGAACCCCGUCUCACCUCGUCGUACGACCUGAUUAAGCGAUGCGUUAGCUUAGUCCAGGCCAUCUGGGCUAUAUUUACCGCCUAUCGUGCGCGCGGGGACCAGCUGGAGCAGUACGGCUACGCCGCGUUUGGCCUGACGGUGGUCCCCUACGCCGUGAUGUCCAUUAUCAACCUCACGGCGCAAAUCCUCAACCCCGACUACCCGUGCAUGUUCGUCAUUGAAACCCCUACCCUCGCGAGGGCGAGACUCGAGGGCAGGGCUGUCGUACAGGGGACAAUCCCCGUCAAGUAUGGGGACGACCUCGUCGGGGAGGAAGAAAACAACAACGACGAGAAGAGCCAGGCAGCGCCGUCGCGACUGUGGACAUGGGCGAGGAAAAAGCUAAGCAGGAUCUUCGCGGCAUCGGACGCUCACUUCUUCCCCGACGCCUCCCAGAUCUCUCGUCGCAUCAGCUCGCCGAUGGAAAGGGGCUUUACCAUGUCUUGGCUCGUCAUCGGUAUCAUGGGAGCCGUGGCCCCUGGAAUAAUGGAUUUGCUGUUCGACGACACGGACUGCCUCCUGCGCAAGCUUCAGCUGCGGCCAUGUUUCCAAAUACUUGUAUUGUAUUUUAGCCUCGGCUUGAGCUAUGGCGUUCCCGCACUUGGUGGGAUGGUCGUGGUGGGCAAUAUGAUCCACGACUUUGGUAUAUUCAAAAAAGUAUGCAAUCUGAAUGCAAACUUUACCAUUCCUGAGAAUCGCGAGCUCCGCCGACUCCCCCACCAGGCCUUCAGGCACUGGGGAGAUGAAACCAUAGGGAGAGAGGAGUUGACUCAACCAGCACCAACUGGGCUCAGCUCAUCACGUGGCAUUCUCUACCUGAUGGUGUUUCAGCAGCUCGGCCAGCUGGUCAGCGACUCCUUCCAAACCGGCAGAGACCGCCAGGAGAAUUACAGACGCAAAGCUAGCGAGAGACACCAAGAGGCCGACGACUGGUUGAAGACACGGGGGCUUCAUGGCGAUGAUCUACUGGACCUGGGAGUCCCGGAAGACGAAAUUACUCCGGUGAGCUUCUGGGGCAGCGGUCACCACACGGAUGAAGGGGAUCAGCAAAUUAUCCAACGAUUUACCCUCUUUUAG